AUGAGCCCCAAGCUCACCACCUGCCCAUGGACACCUGUGUCAGCAUGUCACCUCUCCAUCACCCUGUCUGUGGGGUCCACUGGUGCCACACCCCUCAUCCAGUCUCGGAUUGUAGGAGGCUGGGAGUGUGAGAAGCAUUCCCAACCCUGGCAGGUGGCUGUGUACAGUCAUGGAUGGGCACACUGUGGGGGUGUGCUGGUGCACCCCCAGUGGGUGCUCACAGGUGCCCAUUGCAGAAAUGAGAAUAGCCAGGUCUGGCUGGGUUGGCACAACCUGUUUGAGCCUGAAGACACAGGCCAGAGCAUCCCUGUCAGCCGCAGCUUCCCACAUCCGCUCUACAACACGAGCCUUCUGAAACAUCAAAGCCUUGGUCCAGAUGAAAACUACAGCGACCACCUCAUGCUGCUCCGCCUGCUGGAGCCUGCCAAGAUCACAGACACUGUGAAGGUCCUGGGCCUGCCCACCCGGGAGCCAGCAUUGGGGACCACCUGCUAUGCUGCAGGCUGGGGCAGCAUCCAACCAAAGGAGUUCUUCCACCCAAAGAGUCUUCAGUGUGUGAGCCUCCAUCUCUUUUCCAAUGACAUGUGUGCCAGAGCUUACUCUGAGACGGCGACAGAGUUCAUGUUGUGUGCUGGGCACUGGACAGGCGGAAAAGACACUUGCAAGGGUGAUUCUGGGGGUCCACUUGUCUGUAAUGGUGUGCUUCAAGGUAUCACGUCAUGGGGCCCUGAUCCAUGUGCCCUGCCUGAAAAGCCUGGUGUGUACACCAAGGUGGUGCAUUACCGGAAGUGGAUCAAGGACACCAUCAUGGCCAACCUCUGAGUGCACCUGUCCCACCCCUACCUCCAGUAAGUUUAAGUUCACCUCACGUUCUGGCAUCGCUUGGCCUUUCUGGGUGCUAGACACCAGAAGCUUGGAACUCACCUGACUAAAGCCCAAGCCUCUUGAGUCCUGCUAACCUGUGCACCUCGGGUGUGGACUCCAGGGCCGCCAGGAAAAGGAAUGGGCGGACACAGGUGUAGACCAGUGUUUCUGAAAUGGGUAUAAUUUCACUCUCUCCUUGGGAACACUGGCUGUUUCUGGAGACUUCUCAGUUUCACUGAGGACACGCACAAGGAUGUGGGUGACCAUGUUGUUUGUGGGGUGCAGAGAUGGGAGGGGUGGGGCCCACCCUGGAAGAGUGGACAGUGACUCAAGGUGGUGAUCUGCUCUCUGCGUAAGCUGGAGGCACAAUGCACGAGGCACUCACACAGCUAGGAAGAAGCUGAAAACACAGCCCACUCUGUCCUGGGGGCACUGGGAAGCCUAGAUAAGGCCAUGAACAGAAAGGAGGGGAGUAUCCUCCUAUGUUGUUGAAGGAAGGACUAAGGGGAGAAACUGAAAACUGAUCCAUUACAGAAGAUGUGUUCAGGUCCCCCAAACCAGAUUUGAUGAUUUCCUAGUAGGACUUACAGAAAUAAAGAGGCGUCAUGCUGUGUUUUA